AUGACGAUCCGCAAGCAAUACACGCCUGAGGUCCUCUUGAGCGCGCCACGCAGAUCGGCAGCCAUCCCCAGUCCGGAUGGGAAGCUCGCGCUGUUCACCCAGUCGAGCUAUUCGUUCCAGACGCAUGCGCGGACGAGUGAGAUCCGGGCGCUCGACCUGACUCAAGGCACGGAGACCACGAUCAGCAAGGACGCCAAAGCCAGUGAGCCGCGAUGGCUGGGGACCGCUUACGAGGUCGUCUGGCUCAAGGAGACCGAGAACGGCAACACGAAUCUCGUCGUCACGGACGCCACUCUCCCGGGCAAGUCCUACACGGCCGGCACCGUGCCAGGCCCCGUCUCCAGUCUCAAGCUCUAUGUCAUUGAGCCGGGGAAAGUCGCCAUCGCGGUCGCGGGCCAAGCUAAUCCGGAUGGAAGCUUGUUCAACCCCAAGGACGCGCCCAAGUCGCACACUUCGGCUCGGGUAUAUGACUCGCUCUUCGUGCGGCAUUGGGACUCCUGGGUGACGGAGCAGCGCAACGCUCUCUUCACGGCUCUCCUGCAAAAGGCGCAGCCCGUGGUGACGUCGCGGCAGGGACGGUAUAGCUUGCAUGGCUUCAAAAAUGCUCUUCAAGGCACCAACUUGGAAUGUCCCAUCCCACCGUUCGGCGGAGUGGAUCACUUUGACAUCGGCCCUACUGGCUUGGUAAUUGUGGCCAAAGACCCCCUGCUCGAUCCCGCUACGCAUACAAAGUGUGACGCGUGGUUCAUCCCCAAGAAAGAUCUGACGGACGUGUCUCCUGCGAGUUUCCACAAAUUGCACUUCCCUGGCCUCGACGGCGCGGCUUCGUGCCCGGUCUUUUCGCCGAACGGGCAGUCGAUGGCGUUCCUGCAGAUGGCGACAGACGGGUACGAGAGUGACAAGAAUCGCAUCGUCCUCGUGCAGGGGCUGAACGGCUUUGAGAGAGGAGAGAGUGCGUCGGUCUUCGAGCUGAUGCGCACCCCGGACGGCCAGGGUGGCUGGGACCGGUCUCCGACCGCGUUGAAGUGGUCUGCCGACGGCAACAUGCUGUUACUAGAGGCCGAGGACACGGGCCGGGGAUGUCUCUUCGCACUCGAUUUGAACGCCGCACCCAGCCCGGAAUGGCGACCCCGACAGCUCACGCACAGCGGCUACAUCAUCGAUUUCGCCCCCCUGUCAGCCAUGUCGAACCUGCUGAUCGUGUCGAGCAACAACCUGGUCGACAACAGCGAGUACACACUGGUCAACCCAGACCCGCUGCUGGUCGAGCCUCAAGCCCCGGUCGUGAUUUCCUCGCUCAGCCGGAACGGCUCCAUGUUCGGCCUCUCGCCGGAACAAGUGUCGUCGAUCUGGUGGAAAGGCGCCAACGACCACCCGGUGCACGCGUGGAUGAUGCGCCCUUCGUUCUUCCGCGCCGAUCAGACGUACCCGCUCGCAUACCUGAUCCACGGCGGGCCCCAGGGCGCGUGGAACGACCAGUGGUCGACGCGAUGGAACCCGGCCGUCUUCGCCGAGCAGGGCUACGUCGUCGUGUGUCCCAACCCGACGGGCUCGACCGGGUACGGCCAGGCCUUUACGGACGCGAUCCGCAACCAAUGGGGCGGGCUGCCCUACGAAGACCUGGUCAAGGGGUUCGAGUACAUCCGCGCGGAAUUGCCCUUCGUGGACACGUCGCGCAGCGUCGCCCUGGGCGCCUCGUACGGCGGCUACAUGAUGAACUGGAUGCAAGGGCACGCGCUGGGCCGGCAGUUCAAGGCCCUCGUCUGCCACGACGGCGUCUUCAGCAUGACGGGCCAACUGGCCAGCGAGGAGCAGUACUUCCCCGUGCACGACCUCGGCGGGCCGCUGUGGGAGCGCCAGGAGGUCUACGACCGGUGGGACCCCUCCCGGUUUCUCACCCACUGGGACACGCCCAUGCUCGUCGUCCACAACGAGCUCGACUUCCGCCUCACCAUCUCCGAGGGCCUGUCGGCGUUCAACGUCCUGCAGAUGAAGGGCGUCGAGUCGCGCUUUCUGAGCUUCCCGGACGAGAACCACUGGGUGUUGAAGCCGGAGAAUAGUCUCGUGUGGCAUCUGGUGGUGAUCAAUUGGAUCAACAGGUUUGUCGGGUUGCCGAAGAUUGUCGACAGACAGGGCCGUGAUGGCAGUGGCUUCUGCAGGAGGGAGAGUCGGCGUGUGUGGCCUAAACGGCAGGGCAGUUCCAAGCUAGAGCAGUGA